AUGGCCGCCGCCCUCGUCCGAGCCGGGGCUCACGGGUCGCCGACCUUCGAGGACGUGGCCGUGACCUUCAGCCCGGAGGAGCGGGCGAGCCCGGGUCCCGCCGAGCGCCGCCUCUACUGGGACGUGACGCUGGAGAACUACCGGAACCUCCUCUCCCUGGGUGGCGAGGGCCCGACCGGGACCGGCGAGCCCGUCCCCCGCGGGCCGGAGGGGGUCGAGGGAGCGGUUUUCCCGAGGGCGGUCUCCGGGAAGCUCGUCCGGACCGGCCCCGGGGCCUUCCGCGGCGGGACGGGGCCGGGGAGCCGGGGGCGGCCCGACCGGGCCCGGGGAGCCCGGGAGGGAGCCCUCCCCGGAGAGGAAGGCGCGCGCCUGCGGGGAGUGCGGAAGAGCCUUCAGCCGGCACUCCACCCUCGUCACGCACCGGAGGAUCCACACCGGGGAGAGACCCCACGGGCGCCACCAGAGCGAGAAGGCUUUCAGCGACCACUCGGUCCCCGUGACCCACCGGCGGAUCCACACCGGGGAGAAACCCUACCGGUGCGGCGAGUGCGGCGGGGUCUUCGGCCAGCACUCGGCCCUGACGGAGCAGCGGAGGAUCCACACCGGAGAGAAGCCCUACCGCUGCGGCGACCGCGGCCGGGCCUUCCGGGACUCCUCCACCCUGGUCAAGCAUCAGCGGGUCCACACGGGAGAGGAGCCCUACGGGUGCGGCGAGUGCGGGAAGGCGUUCGGCCAGCGCUCCGUCCUCGUCGACCGCCAGAGGAUUCACAGCGGGGCCAGGCCCGACGGGUGCGACGGGUGCGGCGAGGCCUUCGGCGGCCGCUCGGCGCCCGUCAGCCAUCUGAGGGUCCACACCGGGGAGAAGCCCUUCGGGUGCGGCGAGCGCGGAAGGGUCUUCGGCCAGAACCCGGCCCGGACGAGGCAUCAGAGGAUCCACGGGGGAGAGGGGCCCCGUCGGUGCGGGGAGGCCUCCGGCGACCCCUCGGUCCCGGCGACGCCUCGGGGGAUCCGCGCCGGGGAGAGACCUCACGGGGGCGGCGGGCGCGGCAAGGCUGACCCCGAUGAAACGCCAGACGAUUCGCACCGGGGAGAAGCCCCGCAGGUGCGCCGGCCGCGGGAAAGCCUUCGGCCGAGGCCCGGGCCCCGGCAACCGUCAGAGGAGUCACACCGGGGAGAAACCUCACCUGUGCGGCGAGUGUGGGAAGGCUCUGGGGCGGGGGUCCGCCCUCGUCAACCACCAGGAGACUCAUAACGGCGCGAGGGCCCACGGACCCGACGGGCGAGGGGGGGCUCUCGGUCAAGCCGCGGUCGGUCGCCGGAGGACCCGCGCCGACGAGAGGUCCCCCUCUGUGGUCCUCGGUCCUUAAGGGAGGCGACGCCCGCGGUGACGGUGACCGGCGUGCGCGCCGCUUCCCUGCGCCUCGGUUCCCUCGCCUGCGUAAUUUCUUUCUUUAUAUGCACGUCUCCGUCUCCCCUUCCGGGCCGCGGGCUCGCCGCGGGCAGGGAAUGCCUCCCUUGACUGUUGUACGGUCCUCUCCCCGGCACUUAACACGGCGCUGCGCACGCAGUACGUGCUCAGUAAACGCAGCUCGCUAAGCCAAAUGCAAAUUCAAUACCUGGGCUCCCUCCGGGUUGGACUGCGAGCCCCACGUGGGACCCGACGAUCUUGUGACGAGCCCGGCGCUGCCGAACCGUACUUCCCAAGCGCUGAGAACGGUGCUCUGCACGCGGUAAGCGCUCAGUAGAUACGCCCGAACGAACGAAGGA